AUGCUUUUCCCAGAUCCAGCGUCACCUUUACAUUUGGACCACGACUACGUGUUGGAAAUUGGCACGCUCAAAAAGCAAGCCAAAGAGAUGUCUUCAGGAUGGUCUAGAAACCGACAGACACGACAAGCCGACAAUACUCCAAACAGGAACUGGAAUCCAAGAUACGCAGAAUGGCUGCUGAGGAUCUUUUGGACAGCUUCCGAAAUUGGAAAUGUGGAUGCUCUCUAUGGUGGCUCUCGCUCCAGUUUUCUGUACACCGAUACGUCGACUGGGAAGCUCAUGGUGGAGGAGAUCACUUGUCCGGCCUGCUCAAUUAUUGCAGCAGCGGGUUUUCAGGCGGCCCUACUGUUAUCUAUGCUGCGCAUUGCUUUGACCAUGAGUGCAAGCAGCUCUGGUGAAAGCUCUGGAUUCCCACCACAGGGCUGUCCCAAGAUUGUAACAUGGUAUCCCUCGGCUGUCUCCGGAUGGUCUUCUUGGGAAGGCUCGCACCCCUUGGACUCUACAGCCCGCGUCCACAACUGGAAAAUGUAUCUUUAUCAGUAA